AUGGUCAGAGACUGCAGACAUGAUCCAAGAGAUGGUCAGAGACUGCAGACACAAUACAGGAGAUGGUCAGAGACUGCAGACACAGUUACAGGAGAUGGUCAGAGACUGCAGGCAUGAUACAGGAGAUGGUCAGAGACUGCAGGCAUGAUACAGGAGAUGGUCAGAGACUGCAGGCAUGAUACAGGAGAUGGUCAGAGACUGGAGACACGAUGAUGGUCAGAGGCUGGAGACACGAUACAAGAGAUGGUCAGAGACUGGAGACACGAUACAAGAGAUGGUCAGAGACUGGAGACACGA